CUUCGGUUUCCUAAGCGCCGCGGGGCGUGCCCCGGAGCACGCUGCGGGCUGCGCAUGCGGCGCGCUCGGCGCUGUGUGGGCUUUUGUGCUUUGGCACUGCCUUCCGUCUUUGUGGGCCUCGGAAAUUUCAAUGGCCUGCGCAGAGUAUGUGCCCGUGCCACGGAUGAGCCAAAGGAGCUGGUGGACUUGUAUGGCAUGAAGACUCGCGAAGUGAACGCCUUCCUAAAGGAAAAAGGAGUCUACACUGACGACUGCUUUGACACGGAUUCGUUGCUGAGACGUGCAGCAUCGACGGUGGAUAGCUGGGCAAGUGUUGGGGGCGCAAGCAGUGCACAGAAUACAGAGAGCACGGGGAACAUGGAGGGCGCAGGGCCAGCGCAGGACGGUGAGGUGGAGAAAGCUUGGCAGAGGCUGUGCGACGCAUGGCCCGGACAAGUGCCACGAGAGCUUGGAGCAUCAAAUGCCGACAAGUGCGUGGUGUUUCUGCAUGGCUUCGCUGAUCAAAAUGCGCAGUUCCUGGCGGACACUCUGCAGCCCUUGCUGCAGAUCUCAGGUUUGCGCUUGAUUCUGCCACAGGCUCCGCAGGAAUCGCUUCAAGGACAGCAGCUGCAAUCCUGGCUUGUGCCCAUCAACGGGCAGUGGAUCAUUGAUGACAAGGUGGCCGAGCCAAUCGCAGCCUAUAUCCACGCGAUGUUGCGCAGAGAGGUUGCCAGAGGUGUGCCGGCAAAUCGAAUCAUCAUCGGGGGCUUCGCACAGGCGUCGCGGCAGCGAACCGGGGCAGUGUUUGUGUGCCACGGAAAAGAUGACGAAGUGGUGCCCUUUGCAGAGGGCGAGAGGACUGCGACCUUACUGCGGCAAUCGCUUGGAACUGAGCAGGUGACGUUCAAUGGGUUCCCGAUGAAGCACGGGGUCGCCAGCGAUGAGAUGGUGAGCAUCAUGGAAUUUAUUGACUCCAAAAUGGCUGCUCCGGCGGAGCCUUUGUCCUUUGACCCCGCAGAGAUCAGCCGGGAGCCGGCCCCACCGCCCGAAGCUGCGCCGGUGAUGAACUCUGACCAGGGUGCGCCGGGAAUGGACCCCCAAGUCACCCUGGACUUGCUGAACGACGAGGACAUCGCAGAGGCCGCCAAAGACCCUGAGGGCAUGGCAGUCAUUCAGGAUGUGAUCAUGGACCCUACCAACAUCAGGUUGCACAAGGACAACCCCAGGGUGGCAGGGCUCGUGGCCAAGCUUGAAGCCAUCUUGGCCAAGGCCCGUACGUGACAUCGUGGC